GCCGGCGGCGCCAUGGCGCUCGUGCGCUACAGGAAGGUGGUCAUCCUGGGGUACCGCUCCGUAGGGAAGACAUCUUUGGCACAUCAGUUUGUGGAGGGCGAGUUCCUCGAAGGCUAUGACCCUACAGUGGAGAACACUUACAGCAAGAUAGUGACUCUUGGCAAAGAUGAGUUUCACCUACACCUGGUGGACACAGCAGGGCAGGAUGAGUACAGCAUUCUGCCCUACUCAUUCAUCAUUGGGGUCCACGGUUAUGUGCUUGUGUAUUCUGUCACCUCUCUGCAUAGCUUCCACGUCAUUGAGAAUCUGUACCAGAAGCUGCAUGAAGGUCAUGGGAAAACUCGGCUGCCAGUGGUGCUAGUGGGAAACAAGGCAGAUCUCUCACCAGAGAGGGAGGUCCAGGCAAUUGAAGGGAAGAAGCUGGCAGAGUCUUGGGGUGCAACAUUUAUGGAGUCAUCUGCUCGAGAGAAUCAGCUGACGCGAGGCAUCUUCUCCAAAGUCAUCCAGGAGAUUGCCCGGGUAGAGAAUUCCUAUGGACAAGAGCGCCACUGCAGUCUCAUGUGAUCCAUUCGGCAUAGAAUAGCUGUCUUGAUUUUGGACCUGGCACUUGCUAGGUUCCAGCAGGGGCAAAAACCACAAGACUUCAUGGUUAUGGUUUCUGGUGUGUCCCUGGCCCUCUGGGCAUACCCUCAUGUUGCACACUUUACCCAGGCUCCAGGAGUCUGGUUAUCAAUGUUUACAAAGGGGCAAGGAUGUCUCAUGGGCACUGACCUCUAACCCUAGAUGAGUUGUUAUAACCUGCAGGGUUGGAAUAUGAUUCUUGGGCAUUGUUUAUUUAGGACCCAGUCUCCUAUGUAGGUUUUGGGUGUGGUGGGUGAGAGGAGCUUGGAUACCCGAAGUGGAGCUGGCUCCCUAGGGUUGACAAUGUAUAUAUGCAAAUAAACUGAGGAAUCUUUUUUUUUUUUUUAAGAUUUAUUUAUUUAUGCAUACAAGAGCUGGGAUACAGGCCAGAGAUGCAGGGGGUGAGAGGAUUCACCAGAGACAGAGUGGGGAACAGAACAGGCAGACUGACUGAAAUACACUGCUGAGGGGAGCAAUGGGAGAGACAGGAGAGGUCUGCUUUGCCAUGUGGGUUUCUCCCUGGCCUGCUGGGGAUGGAGCUCGUGCUGCAGAGGCUGUGGAUUGCUUCAUAGUGCAGUGCUUAACCCCUUGCACCACCAGGGAGGCCCUAAAUUGAGGAAUCUUUUUAUCAUUUAUUUCUCUGCCUCUGGGGAGAGCUGUGGCCAAUAUCCUUGUUGAUGGCCUUUGAUGGAAAAUCAGGAUUAAUUCUUUCUUCCUACCUCAUUUCUAUUCCUUACUCCUCACUCACUCCGGAUAAUUGCCCUAACACUCACUUUUCUACUGGCUUCUUGCUAUAAUGUAAAGGUACCAGUUGGCUGCCACUCCCAUCCAAAUUUGUAGGGCUUCAAGGAUCCCCUUAACUACAGAAACACCACCCUCUAGUGGCCAGCUCCCACAUGUUGCCCUGGCGUCCAUCCUGGGGCCUUGGCAUUUGCUGGAACUGAGAGAGGGUAAGGUUUGGAGAGGAGGAAGGAUGCAUCUCAUUUCUAAUUGAGGAGUGGAGAGUCAGGGACUAAAGUGAAUUUGGCUUUCCCACAGUUAAGUAAGAAAUAAUGCCCCUGCUUUGUAUUAGUCUCCCUGCCCCUCCAUGUCUCUGGUGUCUUUCAUUAAAAUGGAUGUCUUUUGCUGUCUUUAUGCUUUUGGUAAUGACCUUUGCAUACCUUCCACACCUCUGGAGUUGUGCUACCUUUUUAAGGUAUUAAGCCCUUAAAAAUUGCUUCUGCCCUUCUUUAUUGAUCCAGCAGCUCAGUAGAAUGGAUGGAUGUGUC